AGGGGGCGGGGCCGCACUGAGAGCCGGCUCCCGGCGCCCACCGAACUGCAGCCGCUAGUGUGCGGUGCCGGUCCCCGCAGUCCCCGCAUCGCGCAAGGGUCCCCAGCGGGCCGAGCCUCCUUGGCUACGGUCUAGGUUUUCUCUAUUUUUAUUUUUUGCAUGCAUUCAUUUUCUGUCCUGUCUCGUCCCUUCUAAGGCGGCGGCGACGGCGACAGCGGCGUAGGCACGCGCGCGGGGAGGGGGCGGCCGGAGAAUGCGGCGCUCGGCUGCUGCCCGGCUCGGGUCCGAGCGUCGAGCAGAAUCGCAAGUGAUGGUGUUCACGGAGGACAAGUGGAGCCCUGCACGACUGGUUAGCACAGCGGAGCUGGCAGCUGUGCUUGCUGGUGGGCGGGCGUGAACCUCAAGACCUCAGCGUCUCACUCCAAGAGGCAACAUGUCUAAAAAGGGACGCAGCAAGGGUGAGAAGCCCGAGGCAGAGACGGACUCUGUGCAGAUGGCCAAUGAAGAGCUGCGGGCCAAACUAACCAACAUCCAGAUAGAGUUCCAGCAGGAGAAGAGCAAGGUGGGCAAGCUGCGGGAGCGUCUGCAGGAGGCCAAGCUGGAGCGCGAGCAGGAGCAGCGGCGCCACACGGCCUACAUCUCCGAGCUCAAGGCUAAGCUGCACGAGGAGAAGACGAAGGAGCUGCAGGCGUUGCGCGAGGCGCUCAUCCGGCAGCACGAGCAGGAGGCAGCUCGGACCGCCAAGAUCAAGGAGGGCGAGCUGCAGCGGCUGCAGGCCACGCUGAAUGUGCUGCGCGAUGGCGCCGCAGACAAAGUCAAGACUGCAUUGUUGGCCGAGGCGCGCGAGGAGGCUCGCAGGACCUUUGAUGGCGAGCGCCAGCGGCUGCAGCAGGAGAUCCUGGAGUUGAAGGCGGCGCGCAAGCAGGCGGAGGAGGCACUCAGCAACUGCAUGCAGGCGGACAAGGCCAAGGCCGCGGACCUGCGCGCUGCGUACCAGGCGCACCAGGACGAGGUGCACCGCAUCAAACGCGAGUGCGAACGUGACAUUCGCAGACUGAUGGAUGAGAUCAAAGGGAAGGAGCGGGUGAUCCUGGCCUUGGAGAAGGAGCUUGGAGUGCAGACUGGGCAGACCCAGAGGCUGCUACUACAGAAGGAGGCUCUGGAUGAGCAGCUGGUCCAGGUCAAGGAGGCUGAGCGCCACCACAGCAGCCCAAAGAGGGAGCUCCCUCCUGGCAUUGGUGACAUGGCAGAGCUUAUGGGUGGCCAGGAUCAACAUAUGGAUGAACGAGAUGUGAGGCGCUUUCAACUAAAAAUUGCUGAACUGAAUUCGGUGAUUCGGAAGCUGGAAGACAGAAACACCCUGCUGGCAGAUGAGAGGAACGAACUGCUGAAGCGCUCUCGGGAGACGGAGGUGCAGCUGAAGCCGCUGGUGGAGAAGAACAAGCGGAUGAACAAGAAGAAUGAGGACCUGCUGCACAGUAUCCAGAGGAUGGAGGAGAAGCUCAAGAGCCUCACGCGGGAGAACGUGGAGAUGAAAGAAAAGCUGUCUGCCCAGGCCUCACUAAAGCGACACACAUCCCUGAAUGACCUUAGUCUGACCAGGGAUGAGCAGGAGAUUGAGUUCCUGAGGCUGCAGGUGCUGGAACAGCAGCAUGUCAUCGAUGACCUCUCACUGGAAAGAGAACGCCUGCUACGUUCCAAGAGGCAUCGAGGGAAGAGCCUGAAGCCCCCCAAGAAGCAUGUUGUGGAGACAUUUUUUGGAUUUGAUGAGGAGUCCGUGGACUCAGAAACAUUGUCAGAGACGUCCUAUAACACAGACAGGACAGACCGGACCCCAGCCACUCCGGAAGAGGACGUAGAUGAGACCACAACUAGAGAAGAGGCCGACCUGAGGUUCUGCCAGCUGACCAGGGAGUACCAGGCCCUGCAGAGGGCCUAUGCCCUGCUUCAGGAACAAGUCGGGGGGACGCUGGAUGCUGAGAGAGAGGCUCGGACUCGGGAGCAGCUUCAGGCUGACCUGCUGAGGUGCCAGGCCAAAAUCGAGGACUUGGAGAAGCUGCUGGUUGAGAAGGGACAGGACUCUGCAUGGGUAGAGGAGAAGCAGGUACUCAUGAGGACAAACCAGGACUUGCUGGAGAAGAUUUACAGGCUGGAGAUGGAGGAGAACCAGCUAAAGAGUGAAAUGCAAGACGCCAAGGACCAGAACGAGCUGUUAGAAUUCAGAGUGCUAGAACUCGAAGAGAGAGAGCGGAGGUCGCCAGCCUUUAACCUCCAAAUCACCACCUUCCCCGAGAACAACAGCAGCGCUCUCCAGCUGUUCUGUCACCAGGAAGGAGUAAAGGGUGUGAAUAUCUCUGAACUUAUGAAGAACUUAGAUAUCCUUGGCGAUAACGGGAAUUUGAGAAAUGAAGAGCAGGUUGCAGUAAUCCAAGCGGGAACUGUGCUUGCCCUGUGUGAAAAGUGGCUGAAGCAGAUAGAAGGAACAGAGGCAGCCCUCACCCAGAAGAUGAUGGACCUGGAGAAGGAGAAGGACUUGUUCAGCAAGCAGAAGGGCUACCUGGAGCAGGAACUGGAUUACAGGAAGGAAGCCCUUGACCAGGCCUACCUGGUAGGACCAGAAAAAAUCCAGGACCUGGAGGCCACCUUGUACAAUGCGCUGCAGCAGGAGCCGGGGAGAAGAGCCAGCGAGGCGCUGAGUGCCAGCCAGCGCGAGGACCUCCAGGCAGCUGUAGAGAAGGUACGCAGACAGCUCCUACGUCAGAGCCGGGAGUUCGACAGCCAGAUCCUGCGGGAACGAAUGGAGCUGCUGCAGCAGGCCCAGCAGAAAAUCCGGGAGCUGGAGGGCAAGCUGGAACUGCAGAGGCGCCAGCUGAAGGAGCUGGAGGAAAAGUUUUUGUUCCUUUUUUUGUUUUUCUCACUAGCGUUUAUUCUGUGGCCUUGACGACUCCCAUGCGCCGAGAACUCGGGCUAACCAGAGAGCUUUUGGAAUCACCUGAGUCCCCGUGGUGCCCCAUCCUCACUCAAACCAAAAUCUAACAGUGCAACAAGCUAUUCAGAGUCUGGAGCCAGAACACAGAACUUAUGCACAUUUGACAGUCACCUAAAGGGGAGGCCUGGGGACCUGGCCAGCCUCUGCCAUGGAACUCUGCAAGUCAAUGGGGCACCUCCCCAGUGUCCCCACUGUGGCAUCUUCAAGAGCCAAGGACAAAGAUGGAUCUGGAUGGCAGGAAUCUAAGUGCAAUUAGCUGAAACCCAGGGCAUGAGAGCUGCUGCCUUGGGGGAUAGGUGCAAGGCCUGCCCCCAUGCUGUGUGCCUCCCUGAAGGCACUGUGUGUGCCUAGAUGGAUACAGACACCCCCUCUGCCCUAUGUACAUAAAUCUCCAUGGACUGACUGAGUGUGUCCUUCUGGAGUCUGUCUGCCAGAGCAACCAACACAAUCUUUGGCUCCAGGCACAGCUGGACUUGCAGCUGGGGGCCAGCAAUAGAGAGUUGGAGUUGCCAGUGUGGGAGCCCUGAGGAUUGUAGAUUUGUUGAGGAAAACUGAAGGCCCCAACACACUUAUAGGUGUGACAGCCUAAGUCCCAGAGAAUGGCUGUGCCACAGGCCAGGGGGAAGUGAGGACUGAGAGAACAGGCCCAAGCUGCCUGUUGUAAUUUGUAGGGGCAUCCUAAAAAAGAGCUCAGGCUGUUAGAGCAGUACCCAGAGCCUCUGAGUUCAGAGGUCUGAGGCCAGGGGUACCCUUCUACCAUAGAGAAAAUUACCAUUAGAGCCUUCACUGCCCACGAUCCUCGGGAGAGAGUAGAAUCAUCUCCUCAGAUGUUGAGGCCUUCCCAGAGCACAGAGGGUAGGAUGGGGGUGGUGCACCCUAGGUUCCCUGGAAACUAGGUGCUGGAAGCCGACUUCCAGGGGAAAUUCCCUGAGAAGUAAAUUUGGGAUGUUCCUAUCAACCUAGGGCAGGUGAGGUGGGUCACGUCCAAAAGGUAUCCGCCUACGUGGCUAUCCUCUCCCACACUCGGGGCAGGGAGAACGUUCACCAUCAGAUCGACAGAGUGAAAGAAGGAUAUGAUGGUGAGUCCGUGUGGAGGAGCUUGUGGUGAGGGGAGUUGUGACAUGGUCCCAGCAGGCCAGAUGCGACCUCUUGCUGCGUAGCUGUUGGACCGAAUAGGUGGCGCCAUGAUUUCCUGGAAGCAAACAGUAUGACUGGAGUUCAGGUCAGGUCCAUGGAGGGAACCAUGGAGCGGGGACCUGAAUUGUAGGGAAGCCAUAUCCAAAGACAGAGUAGUGAGGACAGUGCUCUGUGCAGAAGGGGGCUGUCCAGAUAGAAGGUCGUCCCAGCAGACGUGAAGUCUCAAGCUUGAAGCAAACACACCAGGAUGGCUCAGAAGUGCUGAUUCUCUGCUGAAAUCCGAGUCCCCAAACGCCUAUGACCCACAAGCCCAGCCUCUGGGACUUACCAAUACUCAGUGGCUUAAUUAAAUUCCAAGGAACCUGUCUUUGACAACAGAAACAUCUGAGUCAUUGAGUGGCAGGAAUAUGGGCACCAGUAAGGAAAAUGGAAGGCAUGCUUGCUUUCCUUGGUAGGAGAUACGGGGGGGCACUAUUCAACUGACUUCUGUGGUCAGGUAUCCUGGGGCAUCCCAGAGAAUCAUGGAGAAGUUGGCCACUCUGUCCCUGCAACCAUAUGUCUAGAAUCCCUGCGGGCUGUUCUGGAGUGUGGCCCUUAUACCUCUGUCCAUACCUACUGUGAGGGAGAGGGCAGCCUCCUUGACUGCUUGGCUUUUUUCACUCAACACCUUAUGAGAUGGUGGCCUUAACUCUGCAGUCAGACCCAUCUGGGCACUCCCAGCUCAGUCAUGUCCCUGCUGCAGACAAACCGUGUUCUUGUGAC